CAAAAUUGGCAUAUAUUUUGCGAUGCAGUUUUUACUUAGUGAAAAGUCCUCUUCUUGCUGCCUGCUUAACUAAAGUCUCCGUCCCUAUCUCGGGCAUUUCCCGCUAAUGGCAAAAUAUGCUUUAGGGUCUGAACCAGUGGUGGGUUUGUUAACGCCAUCGAAGAAGAAGGAGUAUAGGGUCACCAACCGCCUUCAAGAAGGGAAAAGGCCUCUUUAUGCUGUAGUUUUCAACUUCAUCGACUCUCGAUAUUUCAAUGUUUUUGCCACUGUUGGCGGCAAUCGGAUUACAGUUUACCAAUGUCUUGAAGGGGGUGUUAUAGCCGUGUUGCAAUCUUACGUCGAUGAAGAUAAGGAUGAAUCUUUUUACACUGUAAGCUGGGCUUACAACGUGGAUGGCUCCCCUUUUGUUGUUGCUGGUGGAAUCAAUGGUAUAAUCCGUGUUAUUGAUGCUGGCAGUGAAAAGAUAUAUAAGAGUUUUGUUGGUCAUGGUGAUUCAAUAAAUGAAAUCAGGACUCAGCCACUGAAGCCAUCACUUGUGAUCUCUGCAAGUAAAGAUGAGUCUGUUCGAUUAUGGAAUGUUCAUACAGGUAUUUGCAUUUUGGUAUUUGCUGGUGCAGGUGGUCAUCGUAAUGAGGUCUUAAGUGUGGAUUUUCAUCCAUCAGAUAUUUAUCGCAUUGCUAGCUGUGGAAUGGACAACACUGUAAAAAUUUGGUCAAUGAAAGAGUUCUGGACAUACGUGGAAAAAUCUUUUACCUGGACAGAUCUUCCAUCAAAGUUUCCCACCAAGUAUGUCCAAUUUCCAGUGUUCAUAGCAUCAGUUCAUUCAAAUUAUGUUGAUUGCAGUAGGUGGCUUGGUGAUUUUAUUCUUUCAAAGAGUGUUGACAAUGAAAUUGUGUUGUGGGAACCUAAAAUGAAGGAACAGUCACCUGGAGAGGGUACUGUGGAUAUUCUUCAGAAGUACCCUGUUCCUGAAUGUGAUAUUUGGUUUAUCAAGUUUUCCUGUGAUUUUCAUUAUAAUGCAGCUGCUAUAGGAAACAGGGAAGGAAAAAUUUUUGUUUGGGAACUUCAGUAGCCCCCAGUUCUCAUCGCAAGGUUGUCUCAUGCCCAGUCGAAGUCUCCCAUCAGACAGACAGCCAUGUCCUUUGAUGGAAGUAUAAUUUUGAGUUGCUGUGAAGAUGGGACAAUUUGGCGCUGGGAUGCUAUGACAACCACUUGAGCCAUUUAGCGCAUGUACAGAUAACUUCAUCAAAUAUUAUUUUUCUUCUAAUUAGUAAUUAGUAAUCAGUCAUUUUCUUUCAGCAUUACUAUAUCACAUUAUGGAAGCUAGAAACCCAACUAACCUGCUUAUGAAAUGAACAAUUUGUAGAAAACGUUAUAGGUUGCUGAAUGAGACAGAGGAACAGUUCAGUUUUUCUUGUCCUU